GAGGGGAGGGUGCAUCAGAAAAGUACAGAAGAGGGAGCAGAAAGAGGGAAACUGAAGGAGUCAGGAGAAGGAAGCAGAAGCAACAAUAAAAAAAAAAAAAGACAGCUCAGCAAAUGAUCCUGAAUCAGAAGUCUCCCUGGAGAGGAAAAGAGAACAAGAGAGCAAAAGAGAAUCAGAGAGCUUCUGUAGCCUCCUUGUGUCCUGCAGGAGAACAUGGACUCUGACUCCGGAGAGCAGAGUGAUGGGGACCUCUCUCCAGGGCAAGAGAGCUUCAACUCUCGCUCCUUGGCCCUGCAGGCCCAGAAGAAGAUCCUGAGCAAAAUGGCGACCAUGGUGGUGGCCAACAUGCUGACGGACGACACCAGCAGUGAGAUCUUAGACGAGCUCUACAAGACGAGUCGUGAGUUCACUAAGAGCAAAAAGGAGGCCCAUAAGAUCAUCAAGGAUGUCAUCAAGAUCGCCCUGAAGAUCGGCAUCCUCUACCGCAACCACCAGUUCAGCCCCGACGAGCUGGACACGGUGGAGCGCUUCAAGAAGAAGAUGAACCAGGCGGCCAUGACGGCGGUGUCCUUCUACGAGGUGGAGUACACCUUUGACAGGAAUAUUCUGUCAGAGCUGCUGCUGGAGUGCCGGGACCUUCUUCACUCCAUAGUUGAGCAGCACCUGACCGCACGUUCUCAUGCUCGCAUCGACCACGUUUUCAACCAUUUUGCCCACGGGGAGUUCCUGGCUGAGCUUUACGGGGAUGGAGACGAGUACAGACUCUCUCUGAGGAAGAUCUGCAACGGCAUCAACAAACUGUUAGACGAGGGAACGCUUUAACCGUUUGACCUUUGACCUCUCUUGCCGCAUCUUUCUGCUCUCCACUGCCCUCCUCUCACCCUUUGUGCACUCCCUGUAUCCUGCAUCUGUUGCCAUGGAGCUAGUUGUAACAUCCUGCAUUCGAGGCCAUGUUUGAUGAAGACAUGAUCUCCGCUGCUGCAUACUUGGACUGUGUGUGUCCCAUUUAUGUACAAAUGAACCAAUAGCCAAAAAAACAUGCAUUUUGGUAUAUUUGGAUGGAAGAUAACAGUAAUCCAUUUUUUCUUUGCGCGUGUGUGUGCGUGCACGUGUUUUUAAUGAGACUGGCAUGAAUCAUAUGUACAUAAGACCAAUGACAUGUUGUGUUUUUGUCCAGAGUGUAUCACUUGUCUUUUAGUAAAAAAAAAUAUUUCAACAUAAUUUUGUUAUUUCUUCAGACAACAACUGAACAAAAGAAAACUCCAUUGUUCCUUCAUUGAUUAGUGUGCUAAUGUGUUGCUUAUCCAAAAUCAACUCCCUUACAUUGGGGCUUUGAAGACUUGAUACCUCCUCCUCUUUGAGGUGAAAUUGUCUCCAAAACAGAAAUUAUAAGGAUGAAUUGGAUGGGGACAAUAAACCACAA